AUGAGCGAUGACGAAGGAACAGGAGCAGGUGGCAGCAAAGCAAAGAACAUCGCAGCCUUAGUUUCUUCCAUUAAGACGACAACCUCGGCAAUUCAAACCAUGCACACAAGAAAUGAUGACAGCUCGCAUUGGAAUGAAUACACAGCUAUGGCAGAAAGAUUUCUUGGAAUGGUCGGCAAAACAUCUAUGGCCCCGUUGCUUCGCAACAUGGCCAUUCGCUUGAGGAAGCUGGAAGCGAUCCUUGGCAUUCCUGCUGACAGAUCGGUAACUUGUGGUGUGGUCCCCGGUGAUGUUGUCACCAAUCCUGGAACCGAUAGCACCAGUGACAUGACUUCUAACGCGGCGAAGUGA